UUAAAGUAGUGAUCCUGGUUUGCAUAUGAAGGGAGUAAGGAAAGAUGAAAAUGAAAAAUGGACAUCAAAAGUAUCUGUGAUUACACCAGGGCUUGAGAAGGCUGAUUCCCUACCUUCUCGUCCAGUACAAGUGAAUGAUGACAGCACUUCAAGUGAAAUGGAUCAGGAUGAAGUAAGACCUGCAAAGAAAUCAUCUCAUGAAAAGAAAGAGGUCAAAAAGCAAAUUAAUUUUAUGGAUGACCUUGACUUAACUGAGUCAUCUGGAACAGCUUCAGAGGAUUCCAAGUUGCCUUGCUCUAAUUAUAUGAGUUGCAAGUCGCUAAUUGUACAAGUUGGCCAGGAUCGUAAAGAUUCUACUACUUUACUAAAAAUCCAGGAUGUGAUUCUUUCAUAUUAAAAAUUAGUAGAACUUAAAAAAAAUCAGUGUAAACAACUUAAAAGAAAAAAUAAAGAAAUGAAAAAUAAGGUUAAUGGACUACAAAAGGAGCUAUCAGAAACAAAAGAGUUGAAAUUGCAGUUGGAGCAUCAAAAAGUGAAAUGGCAACAAGAACUUAGCGAUUUGAGAUUUACCUUCAAACAAGAAGAAGAAAAAAGAAGAAAUGCUGAUAAAUUAUAUGAAAAAAUGAGGGAGCAAUUCAGAGAAAAAGAAGAGCAGUAUAAUAAAGAAGUUGAAAUGAAACAACAAUUUGAACAUACUCUUGCAACAGUAGGUGUGGAAUUGAGGACUGUAAGAAAUAAUUUGGAUCAGGUUGUAGAGGAGCGAAAUGACGCUAAGUUACAACUUUCUCGAGAACAGAAUGCCAGAGUAUUACAAGAUGGAAUUCUAAAGAAUCACCUUUGCAAACAAAAGGAGAUAGAAAUGUCUAAUAGUCAUAAAGAAGAAAAAGAUCUGUUGCCUAAAACCCACAUGUGGCAGGAUGAAAUUGCCAUGCUAAGACUGGAAAUAGACACAAUAAACAGUAAGAACCAGGAAAUGGAAAAGAAAUAUUGUGAAGACAUUGAAAUUAUAAAAGAAAAUGUCAGUCUUCUAAAGGCCAUAAAACUGAAUGAGGAAACAUUAACAAAAACAAUAUUAGAAUAUAGUGGACAGAUUAAUGCCCUGACCACUGAGAAUACAAUGCUAAAAUCUAAACUGGAGAAUGAAAAGCAAAACAAAGAAAGACUGGACACACAAGUUGAAUCAUAUCGAGCUAGACUAGACUCUAUAGAGGAUUAUGAUCAAAGUCAGGCGUCAAAAAGAGACCUAGAACUUGCUUUCCGGAGAGCAAAAGAUGAAUGGUUUUGUCUGCAGGACAAACUGAAUUUUGAUGUGUCUAACCUAAAAGAAAAUAAUGAGCUUCUUUCUCAAAACCUUUCUAAAGCUGAAAGUGAAUUCAAUACUUUGGAAAUUGAGCUCCAUCACACAAGAGAUGCUCUCAGGGAAAAGACUUUGGUUUUAGAAUGUGUACAGAGAGACCUAAGUCAAACACAGUGUCAGAAAAAGGAAAGGGAACACAUGUAUCAAAAUGAACAAGAUCAAGUGAAUAAAUACAUUGGAAAGCAGGAAUCCUUAGUGGAGAGAUUAUCUCAACUACAAAGUGAAAAUAUGUUGCUUCAACAGCAUCUAGAUGAUGCUCACAUCAAAGCUGCCAGUAAAGAAAAUGUAGUAAUUAAUAUCCAAGACCAGUUUCAGGAUAUCGUAAAAAAACUUCAAGCUGAAAGUGAAAAACACGGUCUUUUGCUGGAAGCAAGCAAUAGAGAGUUAAUCAAUGAAUGCAAUCUUUUAAAAGGAAGAAUGUAUCAGUAUGAAAAGGAGAAAGUAGAAAGAGAAGUUAGUAUCCAGACAGAUAAAUAUUUUUCAAGCACUUUUCAUUAA